ACUAUAAAUUAUGUCUUCUGAUAACUAUUAUAGUAUUUGAUACACAUGAAAGCAUAUAAUCACAAUAUUUAAAAGUUUAAAAGGCUGUUAACGUAAUUCCAGCAGAAACAAAAUUUAAAGCACGAUACAGCUGCUGUCAUUGUGAAAGAGAGAGUUCGUCAACAUAUGUUUUGGCUUAUAAAUUACCACCUACUGUUAAUAUCUGUUGAUGAAAAAACGAUGUUAAUCAUAAUAUAUUUCAAUCAGUGUGGGUGUAGAUCAAGAGAUGAUUAAACAUCAACAUCCAUCCUCAAUCUUAAAAGAAAAUCUUUGAUGACUUGCCACUGAGGAAACAAAAUUAAUUGAAGCUUUUUUUCUAGAAAAAAUAAAUACUUUAUUGAUUUGCCUAAAACUUUCUUAAAAUGGCGUGGGUGUGGAAGGUAUGAUUUUUAUUUUAACUCGCAAAACACUUCAUACCAACACCCACACUCCAAGUUACAAUUAUUGACAAGUUGAAUAUUAUUAAAAUUGUUCAAUGAUACAAAUCUAUUUUGUUUAUCAUCGAAUUACCUUAGUCACCAUCAUUUAUUCAAACGUCACUAGUCAAUAAUUCAAUAAGUAAAUCAAUAAUUGUUAAUUUAACUUGGAUAACUAAUUCUGAUGAAAAUACACCAAUUGAACGAUAGGAAAUUCAAAUAAAUGAUAGUACAUUAUCAGAUAUCAAUCAAUUAUGUUCAUAAAAUGAUGAAUUCCGAUGGAACAAUAAAGAAGAUAUUAUUCUACGAAAAUUAUCAGCUUGGAAUUAAUUAGGAGAAGGUAUAUAGAAUUAUGUAGGACGUACCAAAAGUAGUGAUACUAGCACUAGAAUAUUUUAUAUAAGGCUCAGAGAAAUAUAUGUACUCAGAAUCUGAAUAAUAGUACUCUAUAAUAUUUCGUCAUUCUUCAAUCGAUAUGGUUAUAUCGAAUAUUUCGAUUUCGGAGACGGAAACUGAUUUAACUCAUGGUAGCAUUCAACAAAUAAUCCGUCAUCAUAGCAACCUUCAAGCAAGAUUGCAUCUCAUUUUAUAUCGAAAAAGUUGAUCUUGAAGAUGAUCAUGAAAAUAUAGCCUGAUUUACAGAUCUGAUAGGUCAUUCUUCCUAUUCACGUCCUUUCUAAAAGCACGUGCACCAUCUUUCAAUUGUUCUGAGAGGUAGAGUUGGAUUGCCGAAAAUAAAACAUAGUUCCCAUUUGAAACUAUAGUGCAGUAUAAAUAGACAUGAUUGGAAUCAAGUUUUUAUGGUCGCAGUCUCAGUCUGAAGAAAAGAAAAUUAUUCAGUACUGGUUUAUUGAUUUAUUUAGUGAAUCUUCGACUGUCUCUUUUGAAUUAUGUUCUGAUUUAUAAGAUUAUUCGCUUAAAACUAUAGAAUAUUUAACUAUAAUCUUUAAUUCCACUUAAGAUAACUUUUUUUCUCAUAGUCUAAGUCUCUAGUGACCGAGACUAAGUUUGUUCUCCCGGCAUGUUUUAGUACGAGCUUGAAUUUAGAAAUCAUAGCAACUGUAAAGUGAUCAAAUGCUAUUGAACACUAUUUAAGCAACCAGAAUAUUUAUAGAGAAAAUUUUGUCAAGUCUUCUAUAAGGUGUUAAAGUACUACCGCUACUAACCAUAAGUACUUCAAGUGAAAACAACGAACUAUUUUAUUUACGUUUAGGUCAAAAUAAGUACUCCUAAUAACAAAAUAACUUUAUCAGAAGAAAGUAAGAUUAUUUAUGAAUAAAAAAGAAUCAAGUAUUAAUAUAUAAUUAAUUAGUUGUAAUAUUAAUUAUGCAUUAAAUUAUCCAAAUAUAAAUUGGAAAUCAAUUCGUAUUAAUUCAUCAACACAAUCAUAUAUUUUAAAAAUCCUUUUGUUUUGUGCAUCGAUACAAAAACUAAUCAAAUUUUAUUUUUCUAAUUUUAGAUCACGUGAAAUAAUUAAAGUUCGUACACUUGAAGGCACAGCAAUACGUACACGAACAAUUAUUCAAUUUGAACCAGUUAAUUUUAUAGCAAUUAUGAUUAAAUGGCAAGGUUCAUCUUUAUCAUAA